ACAAGACAGUAGUAGAGUAGUGCGCUAGCUGUUCUGUUAAGUAACUAUAAGUUUGACUUUGAGAACAAUUAAAUGUUUCUUACACUCACUCUCUCCAAAUCGUGAGGAAUCCAGAGUUCCACCAGAUCUAACUCUCUUAGAUCUGAUCCAUGGAUCACUCUUUUCUUCUUAUCAUUCUCUUACUCACAAUCUCUUCUUCAAGUUCAUGUUGUGCUUCUUCUUAUGUGGAAGAACAGCUGAGAGACAGAAUCAGUAAGUUGCCUGGACAACCUAGUAAUGUAGAUUUUAGACAGUACUCAGGCUAUGUCACUGUGAAUGAAGAACGUGGAAGAGCUUUGUUCUACUGGUUGGUGGAGUCUCCGUUGACCCGUGACCCAAAGUCUAGACCUUUGGUUCUGUGGCUCAAUGGUGGCCCUGGUUGUUCUUCUGUUGCUUAUGGAGGUGCUGAAGAAAUUGGUCCUUUUCGCGUUGGGUCUGAUGGCAAAACUCUUCAUCCAAAACUUUAUGCUUGGAAUAAAUUGGCAAACCUGCUAUUCUUGGAGUCUCCAGCUGGAGUUGGUUUCUCAUAUUCAAACACAAGCUCAGAUCUUUACACAACCGGUGAUCAGAGAACAGCCGAAGACUCGUAUAGAUUUCUUGUCAGCUGGUUUGAGAGGUUUCCACAAUACAAACAUAGAGACUUUUAUAUUAUUGGAGAAAGCUAUGCAGGUCAUUUUGUUCCUCAGUUGUCUAAACUUGUCCAUGAAAGAAACAAGGGUUUCAGGAACCCGGCUAUAAACCUCAAAGGUUUUAUGGUGGGAAAUGCUGUUACAGAUGACUAUCAUGAUUAUAUAGGAACAUUUGAAUAUUGGUGGAAUCAUGGUCUCAUAUCCGAUUCCACGUAUCACCAGCUAAAGACAGCGUGCUACUCAGUAUCAUCUCAGCAUCCUUCACUGCAGUGUAUGGAGGCUCUGAGAAAUGCCGAAUUAGAGCAAGGAAAUAUCGAUCCAUAUAGCAUUUUCACCAAACCUUGCAACAAUACUGUACAACUUAAGAGAUUCUUAAAGGGUCGCUAUCCAUGGAUGUCAAGGGCUUAUGAUCCUUGUUCAGAGAGAUAUUCAAAUGUGUACUUUAAUCGCGUGGAAGUUCAGAAGGCUCUCCACGCAAAUGUCACUCGCUUACCUUACCCUUGGAAAGCAUGCAGUGACAUUGUGGGAAACUAUUGGGAAGAUUCUCCUCUGUCAAUGCUUCCUAUAUACAGAGAAUUGAUUACUGCAGGUCUCAAAAUAUGGGUUUUCAGUGGGGAUACAGAUGCGGUUGUUCCUAUAACCGCUACCCGAUACUCUAUUGAUGCACUGAAGCUAGCAACCAUCACAAACUGGUACCCAUGGUACGAUCAUGGCAAGGUAGGUGGGUGGAGUCAAGUGUACAAAGGGCUUACAUUAGUAACAGUAGCAGGAGCUGGUCAUGAAGUGCCUCUACACCGUCCCCGUCAAGCCUUUAUUCUUUUCAGAUCCUUUUUAGAGAACAAACCAAUGCCUAUGACCUGAAACAUCAAACCUGAUGGGAACUCUUCCCAAAUACAUAUUCUUUCUCCUUCAUCAUCAAUAAACCAAGUGUUUCUUCAUUCACUGUCUUCCACCAUCCUUGGUACAUCCAAAUCCAACACACGACUGAGUAGCUAUUGAGUACAAGUCAUAAGCUACUCUUCUUUUUUUUUUCUUUUUCUUUUCUUUUGUAAAAUCAUGUCUCAAACAGUUUUAUAUCUUUUCUCCAUUAUUGUAUGAUGCAAAGCAAAACCUUUCACACUAAAUGAUAUUACAUGAUAGUUUAUAGA